UAGUGCUGCUCUCCACAACUAUUCAUAUAGAGUGAUCUACCUCAUUGGGUCUUCUCCUCUACAUAUCACCACUUGUUUUGCUCUCCAUAUCUUCUCUGUUACGCAAGAAAAUGGAUGGCAAGAAAUUGGAAUACAAAGGAGAGGCUGCACUGAAAGAGAUAGAGAGGCUCACAUCUGAGGCUGACAUUGUCCAGCAAAACAUUCUGAAGGAGAUCUUAUUGCAAAACCAGAAAACUGAGUACUUGAGCAAGUACUUGAGAGGGUCAGCACUGGACACUUGUGAUUUCAAGAAGUCGGUCCCUGUGAUCACUUACAGGGCCAUUCAACCUUACAUUACAAGAAUUGCUCAUGGUGAAGGUUCCUCUCUAAUUACAGGAAAACCCAUCACUGAAAUGUUAUGCAGCUCAGGGACUUCUGCUGGAGAGCCCAAGAUGAUGCCAUCAAUUGAGGAGGACAUUGACCGAAGAACCUUUCUUUAUAAUCUCAUCAUGCCCAUUAUGAGCCAGUAUCUCACGGGGCUCGACGAGGGCAAGGCCAUGUACUUCUACUUCGUCAAGGCGGAGAGGUCCACCCCGUGCGGCUUGCCCGCCCGGACCGUGCUCACGAGCUACUACAAGAGCAAGCACUUCAAGUUCCAGGCCCCCGACGCAUACCAUGACUUCACGAGCCCAUAUGCAGCCAUCCUGUGUGAUGACGGCGACCAGAGCAUGUAUUGCCAGCUCCUGUCAGGUCUUGUCCACCGGCACCAGGUCCUGCGCCUCGGUGCGGUCUUCGCAUCCGCGUUCCUUCGCGCCAUAUCGUUCCUUGAGAGCAACUGGGGCCGCAUGUGCGACGACAUAGCCGCCGGCCGCCUAGACCCCUUUAUCACUGACCCCGAGUGCCGAUCCUCCAUGUUGAGCAUACUGCAGUCACCGAACCCUACCCUCGCAGCAGAGAUUCAGGAAAUUUGCGGCUGCCCAUCGUGGAAGGGGAUAUUGUGCCGGCUUUGGCCUAGGGCGAAGUACAUCGAGGCUGUCGUGACGGGGUCGAUGGCGCAAUACAUACCGGCCCUCGAGUACUACAGCAAGGGGAAGCUGCCGUUGGUGUGCACGAUGUACGCCUCGUCGGAGUGCUACUUUGGGGUCAACUUGCAGCCGCUGUGCGAUCCGCGCGACGUCGCGUUUACGCUCCUCCCCAACAUGGGCUACUUCGAGUUCAUACCCUUGGGAGGGAAUGGGACGCUGGUGAUGGACAUUGACGAGGACGAGGAAGUGUCCGGUCGCAAGCUCGUGGACUUGGUUAAUGUCCGGGUCGGGUGCUAUUAUGAGCUCGUGGUCACUACAUUUGCUGGGCUCAAUCGGUAUCGAAUCGGGGAUGUGCUCCAGGUGACAGGUUUCCACAACCGCGCCCCGCAGUUCCGAUUUAUUUGCCGGAGGAAUGUCGUCCUUAGCAUCGACAACGACAAGACAAACGAGGAAGAUCUCCACAAGAGCAUCACAGCGGCCAAGAAACUGCUGGAGCCUCACGAUGCCCUCCUCGUGGAAUACACUAGUCGCGUGGACACUUCAUCUGUCCCGGGGCACUAUGUCCUCUACUGGGAAAUCAAGCAUCAUCCCAACAAUUUAGUGGCGAACAAGCUGGUGCUCGAUGAUCGCGUGCUUGAGGAAUGUUGCAUCGCCGUGGAAGAAGAGUUGGACUACGUCUAUAGGCGGUGCCGUUCCAACGACAGAUCGGCUGGGCCACUUGAAAUUAGGGUCGUGAAUCCCGGCACGUUCGAUUUAUUGAUGGAUUUUUUCAUAAGCCAAGGAGGGUCCAUUAAUCAGUACAAGACUCCUAGGUGCAUAAAGUCCAGUGCUGCCAUUGAAUUGCUUGAUGGUAAUGUGAAGGCCUCUUUUUUCAGCCCUAGAGAUCCAACAUGGAGACCUUGAAAUUGAGUUGGAACUUGAGAGUAUGUGACUUAGUGAUGCAGUUAGUCCAAAUGCUCAAUGUAUCAAUAAUUUAAUAUUCAUGAAGUAAUGUAGGACCUCAAUGCUCUCAUGUUGAUGUCAAAAUGGAUCAUCCUGAUGUCAAAGUGGAGUUAAUUAAGUUUGCUUUGCCAUAGGAAA